UUUAACUCAUUCCCUAGCACACUCACAAUUCUCAGCUUAUUUUUCCCAACACUUUUCUCAAAGUUUAUCAAUUGUUCCAUCCAACAUGGCGCUCGUUUAUGGCGUGGAAAAGAAAACAGUGCCCGCUUACAUGAAGUAUGCGAUGGGUGGAACCUCAGGAAUGCUGGCCACCUGUCUUGUCCAGCCAAUGGAUCUUCUCAAGACCCGAAUGCAGAUAUCCGGUACCUUGGGAGCUCGCGAAUACAGGAGCUCUUUCGAGGUUCUAUCGAAAGUUUUCAAAAACGAGGGCGUGCUUUCCUUAUACAAUGGGUUAAGUGCAGGACUGAUGAAGCAGGCCACCUACACGACAGCCAGGAUGGGUGUUUACCAGAUGGAGUUGGACUGGUAUCGAAUGAACUACGAGAACGACCCUUCCUUGGUGGCCAGCAUGACAAUGGGCAUUGUGGCUGGAGCUUUUGGAGCCAUGUUUGGAAAUCCAGCGGAGGUGGCUUUGGUCAGAAUGAUGUCCGAUAAUCGCUUAAUGCCGGAGGACAGACGUAACUAUAAGAACGUAGGCGACGCCUUUGUGAAGAUCGUGAAGGAUGAAGGCGUGGUAGCUCUCUGGAGAGGAUGUUUACCUACUGUAGGUCGUGCCAUGGUAGUGAAUAUGGUUCAGCUGGCUUCUUACUCCCUGAUGAAGAACCACCUCCGAGGGUAUAUUGAUGAGGGAAUUCCUCUUCACCUGAGCGCCGCCAUGAUGUCUGGCUUGCUGUCCUCCUUGGCUUCUAUGCCUCUAGAUUUGGCCAAAACACGUAUCCAACAGAUGAGAAUGAUCGAAGGCAAGCCAGAGUACAGUGGCGCCAUCGAUGUCCUGAAGAAGGUGGUGAAGAAUGAGGGAGCCUUUGCCAUGUGGAAGGGAUUCACACCUUACUUGAUCCGCAUGGGUCCACACACAAUCUUGUCCUUUGUCUUUCUGGAGCAAAUGAAUAAGGCCUAUAACAAACAUGUGCUCGGUGAUUCACAAUCCGAUUCAUCAGAACCUUAGGACUAAAGCUGUAUGAUAUAUUUUUCACCCCCAAAAUUAGAAUUGUUUCGCAAUGUCUCUGUCAACCGCGCUUGUUCUGAAAACUAAUUAUUAUUAUCUUAUAUAUAAUAUAAAAAAAAAUUUUUUUUUCUGAAUAUAAAAAUAAAAUCGGAUUGCCAAUAAAAUGAUAAA